ACAAAAGUUUUUACUCAUUUUAUACACAAAAGACAAAAAAGGAAAAAGAAAACAACGUGUGUAAUCGCCACCUUAAAAAACGACCAAAAAAGAAACAUCGUCUAAGGAAACAAAAUCCAUAGCUAACAAAGAUCAGCUGAGAGAUUGGGAUGAGCUUGAAGGCACACAUGGCGACUUGAAAAACUGAAAAGAAAACUGCUAUUAUAAUUUCUCUUUCUGAUAGAUUACAGAACGACGGAGAUGAACAGCUUCUCGCAAGAAAACAAUGACUUGGAGGCCGGAACUAGGGAUAUUGCCGCUCAGAGCAUCAGCCGUUGGAGGCGAGCAGCAGUUGUGCUAUUUGCUUCUCGUCGAUUUUUGCAAAUCGUAUACUUGAAAAAGGAAGGAGAAAAAGAGCAGGCUUCAAGCAAAGUCCAUGCACAUGCUGCUGUACAAGCUGAACUCGCUUUCGAAAUAGAGCCUGGAGAAGAAGUGAUAGGGACUUCACUGAGACCAACCAGUACUACUGGUGAUUUUGGAAUUGGACGAGAGGAACUUGAUGCCUUAACUAAGAAUGAUGAUGUUGGUAGCCUGGAACAAUAUGGGGGGAUCGAAAAGUUAGAAAGCGAAUUGAAAACGAAUUUAAAGGACGGGAUUAACGGGGAAGAUGCUGAUGUGCUGAAACGGAAACGUGAUUUCGGAGCAAACACACAUACUCCGGAAAAAUCAACGAGCUUCUUGACGUGUCUUUGGGAAGCAUGUCAUCAAGAUAUUUCUCUGAUCAUUUUCAUAGUAGUUGCAGUGGCUUGUUCAGUGAUGGGUCUAGCGACAAAGGGUACAAGGUUUGGAUAUUGGGAAGAGGGAGGUAACGUUGCCACUGUGGUUAUGGUGAACAUUAUUUUUAAAGCAACUUGCAAAUACAGCCUAUCUCUGAUCCACAAUGUAAAGGAGGAAGGGAGGAUUAUGCAUUUGAAGGUUGUUAGAGGUGGUAAACAAUUUGAGGUUUCAAUAUGUGAUAUUGUUGUUGGCGAUGUUAUUCCCCUUAACAUUGGUGACCAGGUCCCUGCUUAUGGUAUUUUAAUCACUGCUCGAUCACUCUCCAUAGAUACCUCACGUGUGAAUGGAGCCAACAACAUUGUAAGCCUUCAUGCUUCUUCGGGAGCCUCUCGUUUAAAGCCUGGCUGGAAAAUAGCGGAUGGGAGUGGUACCAUGCUGGUAACGAGUGUUGGGAUAUGUACUAAAUCGGAACUUUCACAAGACAUUGGUAACAAAACAACAUUGGAGGAGGUCUUGAACGUGGUUGCUACUUCCAUUGGUAAUGUUGGACUCGCAGUAGCUUUUAUUGCCGUGAUGGUCGUAUUACUCAGGUGGUUUACUGGCCAUAACUUAGAGGGAAGUCCCAAGUUCAUCGGGGUCAAGACUAAACCUCGAGACGUCAUAGAAGAAGUCAAUCAAAUUAUAAUAAUUGCUAUUACUAUUGCAGUGGUUGCUGUACCUCAAGGGCUUCCCUUAGCUGUUACCUUAACCAUUGUCAGCGCAACAAAAAGAAUGGUGGCAGAUAAUAACGCCUUUGUAUGUGAAAUUGCUUACAGGAACGAGGCUUCUAAAUGGAGGCGAUUUGUACAUGCAAAUAUUAUCACGUUUAUGCAGUUGCAGCUUACAGUCAAUGUUGUAGCACUAACUACCAAUUUCACGGUGGCAGUUUUCGAUGGUCACGUCCCAUUAAAUGCUGUUCAGCUUCUCUGGGUGAAUCUACUCAUUGUACCACAAUCAUUGGUUACUAAACCCCCAGUAGAUGAACUGAUGCCAGGACUCCUUAUCGAACCCGGACAACCUCUUAAAAGAUAUAUAAAGUGGAAGAGACUGGUUUUUCAGGGCGUGUACCAAAUUGUUGCCAUUCUUAUCAUCAAUUUUCAAGGACGGAGUUUACUGAAAAGUUAUACCCGCGGUCAUGCCAUCAAAGUGAAGAACACAAUGAUAUUUAACACAUUUGUUGUUUGUCAAGUUAUACAUCAAUUGGAAGCUCGAAAGAAGGGUAUACUAUCGAACCCAAAGAAGUGGAUUACUUCAAACUAUCUCUUUAUGGGAAUAGCGGGAACAAUUCUCUUAAGUCAGUUUAUCAUUAUUGAGUUUCUAGGGAAAGCGUUCUCCACAGUGGCGCUUAACCAGAAAGAGUGGCAGUUUUCCCUCACUCUUGGUUUUUUCGAAAUGCUUUUUGCAAUAAUUUUAUUCCUAAAGUACUUGACACACAGGAACUAGCAAAGCAGUUCAACUCAUACAGCAUGUGAUGAACUAGCAAAGCAGUUCAACUCAUAGUUUGAAUGAUUUUCAAGUGGUGGAAGCAUUACGACUAUACAUUGUGUGUGACACCAUGUGAUAAUGAUUACUCCAUAGUUUGAGUCAUUCUUAUGUGAUUCCCCAUAGUUAGAGCAAAAAGUGUAACAUGAGUUUAGU